GAGAGUGCGCGCUCGGGAUUCCGCCCGCAGCUCAUUCCGAAGACGCGCGCGUGCGAUCCAGAGACGGGACUAUUAACAUUUCUUCGCUUCUUUUAAAAUCGCAUGUUCCGCAUCUACCGUUUGCGUUUUCUGCUGAAAUGAUGAUUGUGUGGUGAUUAUUUCUCGAUCAUGGAUGAUGUUUAUAUGACUUGGGGAAACUCCAGUAACGGUUCGUCAGUGAAUGACACGGGUGUCUUCUCGAAUCAGUUCGUCCAGCCGGUGUGGCAGGUGGUUCUGUGGGCUGUGGGUUACUGCUGUAUAGUUCUGGCGUCGGUGGUCGGGAACGUCACAGUCAUUUGGAUCAUUUUUGCGCACAAGCGCAUGCGGACGGUCACCAACUACUUUCUGGUGAAUCUGGCGUUUGCUGAAGCGUCCAUGUCUGUGUUUAACACCGUUAUUAACUUCGUGUACGCGGUUCAUAACGAAUGGUACUUCGGUUUGGUCUAUUGUCGCUUUCACAACUUCUUCCCAAUAGCUGCAGUGUUCGCCAGUAUUUACUCAAUGACUGCUAUAGCCCUGGACAGGUAUAUGGCUAUAAUCCAUCCUCUCCAGCAGCGUCUGUCGUCCACCGAGACUAAGUUAGUAGUGGGUGUGAUCUGGGCCCUGGCACUGCUCCUGGCUUUCCCUCAGUAUUACUUCUCCAGCACCGCUCGGCUCCCGGGACGGGUCGUCUGUUACAUCAACUGGCCAGUGUUCAGCGUGUGGGAUUUUCAAAAGACGUAUUACGUCUGUGUGCUUGUGCUCAUUUAUUUCUUACCGUUGCUGGUCAUGGGCUGUGCGUAUCUGGUGGUGGGAUGCACUCUCUGGGCCGGUGAGAUUCCUGGAGACUCCUCGGAUCGCUACCGAGAGCAGCUCACUGCCAAACGAAAGGUGGUGAAGAUGAUGAUUGUGGUCGUGUGCACGUUUGCCGUCUGCUGGCUGCCGUAUCACGUCUAUUUUCUGCUGCAUCAGUUCUUUCCCGACCUGUUUGAGGAGCGCUACAUCCAGCAGGUGUACUUAGGAAUCAUGUGGCUUGCCAUGAGCUCCACCAUGUACAAUCCCAUCAUCUACUGUCUGCUCAAUGACAGAUUUCGAGCUGGAUUUCAGCAGGCGUUCUCCUGGUGUCCAUGUGUUCCUCAAGGCACGUAUGAAGGUCUGGAGCUCAAAUCCACCCGCUGCCUACAGACUCAGGCCAGCAUCUACCGCGCCAUCCGGAUGGAAACCACGAUAUCCACAGUGAUGCCAGCCGGAGACCUGCAGGAGAACCUCAGUCGAUUUUCAACAGAUCUCACAUCCAACGGUUCUUCACGAAGCGCCUCUAAGACGCUCUCGGAGUCCUCCAGCUUCUAUUCCAGCAACAACCUCGCUUAGAACAUUCUUUCAGUUCAUCACAAACUCUCGAUCCUGUUCAGAGAGGAUUCGCCUUUCUGGAAAUAUCAAGAGGUCCAACACUCACUUUUCUCCUGGAGAAUACUUGCACAUCAGUCAAAAUAUUAUUGACAGCAUAAUUGUGGACUGUGAAUACAAUGCAUAGUACAUACUGUAAUCUAUUUAAGUCUAUUUAAAACAAACACAGGACAUCAGAUCUCCUGUAAACUCCGUCCAGUGAGAUCAUGUAUUGCACGUGUAGUUUUCUCUCGUUACUUCUACACGAGUUUUGAGAGCAGCUGGCCAGCAGUCGUCCCCACAGGAAUUUUCCCAUCAAACCAUCUGACCGGCGUUCGCUCCGGCAUUCCAGGACCCGAUUUGUUUAGGAAAACGGGACCAGCUGAUGCCCUUGGCAACAAUCUGUCAGUCGUCCAUCAAGGUUACGGGGGGUUGUUGGGGAUCUGAUAGGCAGACGCAGAAGAGUUCGCACCUGUUGGCGUAUAUUACUGGACUACAGAGGCGACAAAAGAUUUAUAUAGAUGGUAUAUAUAUAGCACACACACAGAGAGAGACAUUCUAUUAAUAUAGCUGCCCACUAUUAUGUCAUUAUAUGAAACAUUGUGUGUAUAUAUAGCGUAUGUUCAGAAGUAUCAAUUAUAGAUGCCAUUGCCAAAAAAGGGGUUAAAUACAUUUUACAAAGAGAAUAUGAUGUUUUUGUCCGUAUAUUUAAAAAAAAACCUAUUUUCUGCAUUUAAAAGAGUUGUUUUUGUGAUGAUGGAUUAGAGAGUAUCGUGUUAUAAAAAUGCUUAAAGGGACAGUUCACCCAGAAAUGAGAAUUCUGUCAUCAUUUAUCCAUCCACAUGUCAUUUCAAACCUGUACGAGUUUCUUUCUUCUGAAGAACACAAAAGAAGAUAUUUUGAAGAAUGUCGAUCAUCAAUCAACACUGAACUCCGUUGACUUCCACUGUAUGAACACAAAACCACCGAGACAUUUCUCAAAAUAUCUUCUUUUGUCUUCCAAGACUCACAUACAGAUUUACAAACACAUGAGAGAAUGAACUGUCCCUUUAACAGAGUUGAUCAUAGAUCAGUCUCAUUUUUUACAAAUGAUACCAGAACAUCAGUGUUAGAACUUCUGUGUGAUGUUUACGUGUAAUGUGUGUUUUUUAUAGCGCGGCCUGUGCUUCACACGUCUCUUUCAGCUGUAAGGACAUCAGAUUGUAGAGACUCUUUCUUUGUGGCGCAGGUGUGAGCGCUGCUUUGAUGCGUUCAGAGGAACAGAGAUUUGGCAGUGCAGCACCUUUUGAACCGCUCACAGCUGCAUGCAUUACUCCCGACGGUCGCAUGUUUAAACACAGACUCGCUUACAUCUAACUCUACAUACAGCACUUACCCACCAGCUGCACCAUAUCACUUUUAUUCUAUACGCUCUGUGUGUUAUUCAUUGUUCCACAAAACAGACAAAGUCCAAACCACGCCGACGAAAUUCUAUUACCAAUGUGGCUCUAACUGGUGUUUCAUGUUGAAUCCUACAGUAGAAGUGCAUGUGUUCAGAAAAGCAUCAUUGCAUUGAUGUGGUUGUCUCUGUACAUCGUCCUAAUGAUGUAUUUAUAAACAUUGUAUAUUCAUCUGAUCACGUAAAUGUUUUGUGUGUAAAAUAAAGCCAUUAGUUUGUAUAAAGUUGAUGAGCGUGUAAAAGCUUAAAAUAACUGCAACGCUGUGUUUUACACUUGUCCUAUCAGAUUGAAAUGUGGUUAAACAUGAAAAUCCUGUCAUCAUUUACUCACCCUCAUGUUGUUACAAACCUGUAUACAUUUCUUUGUUGUAUUUAACACAAAAGAAGAUAUUUUGAAGAAUGUGGGAAACCAAACCCUUCUGGGGCACCACUGACUAUAGUAGUCUGGUUUUCUUUUCCCACUACGCUAGUCAAUGGUGCCCCACAACUGUUUGGUUACAAAUAUUCUUCCAAAUUUAUUUGUGUUUAACAGAACGAAAUAAGCUCAUACAAGUUUGGAACAUUUUUGGUUAACUGUUCCUAAU